ACGAUAGUAUGUUUUGCAUUCUUAAUUAAAACUUAUUACAAUUAAAUAAUUAGAGAAAACUAAAAAGUCGCGUGACAAAAUAACUGUGAUUAUUAUUACAAAACAGUCACAAAAGUUCCUUGUAGUUAUAAAUAAGUCAUGAAUGAAUAAAGAAGACAAUGACGUAAGAAAGAGUAGAAAUUCAAGCGUAUCAACCAUUUUUAAAAGAGAGAAUAGUUGUGGCCUUAUCGUCGAUGGUAAAACAUGGAUUUCCUCACCGACUACGACGAACAACUCUCAGCGAAUGACACAUACGACAUUAAUUUCGGUAGACGAAUUCAACGAACAGGAAAAAUAUUCUCUUACACUUUUUGGAGAGCCGAAAUUGAAGGAGAGAUAUUCUGGAGUGUGCAAGGUAAUAAUCCCGAUGGAUCAGCCUGGAUUGUAACGAAAUACUUCGGUCCUCGUGAAGAAGGUAAACGAUAUCAGCAGGAAAUCAUUCUGCAUCAUCCGGUUGAGAAAAAAAUCAAAAUGUUUUAUAUGGCGUCGUGUAGUGAAGGAAUGAACUGUAUUAAAAUUUCCAAACAAAUCAUACACCACUUCAAGACCUGCGACAAUAGUUUUCAUUUCGAAUUUAGAUUGCUGAAACUGAAACGAAGACCUUACCCCAAAAGGAUGUUAUUUGAGGAUAGCGAAUAGAUGUAUUUAUUAUUUAUUAAGUGUUUUAAAUAUUAAGAGUGUUUUUAUACAAACCAUUGAAACAAAUGUGACUGUUGUUAAAUUUUAUACUUAGUUUUGUUUUUGUAAUUAAAUACUGUUUUAAUUAAAACGCUAAGUCUAAUUUCAAAGUAUUUAA